ACUGCUCUGUCCACCGCCGCGAAGCAAUCGGAACGAUAAUCUGAGUCUGCUGCUUCGUAUAUAUAUACACAUAUCACAUAAUCAGUGUUAUACUGUUGUAGAAGAUUAUAGUAGUAAUACUAUAUUAGCAGUAGAACUUACUUCAGUUUAGUGUUGCCGAUAAAAAUGUCGUCAUCGUCGGUUCUAGGAUCUCAGGGCGCCGGCGUCGGGGGGAAACUGAUGCCGCACCUGGAUGAGCAAGUAACCAAAACGCUCAACUUCACUGUUCUGCAGAGAAUGGACCCAUUCAUCAAUGAGAUUCUUAUGACGGCCGCUCACGUCACCUUCUACGAGUUCAACGUCGAUGCUACUCAAUGGAGCCGCAAGGAUGUUGAAGGGCCUCUCUUUGUAGUCAAGAGGAACACCCAGCCACGGUUCCAAUUCGUUGUUAUGAAUAGGCGGAAUGAAGAAAAUCUUGUGGAGAAUCUCUUGCAAAAUUUUGAGUUUGAAGUCCAACUUCCAUAUCUAUUGUAUCGCAAUGCUGCACAAGAAGUCAAUGGUAUUUGGUUCUACAAUUCACGUGAAUGUGAGGAAGUUGCAAAUCUCUUUACUAGGAUACUGAGUUCUUAUUCAAAGGUUCCUCGAAAGCCACUAGCAUCCUCAAGCAAAAGUGAGUUUGAGGAACUUGAUACAGUCCCUACAAGUUCAGUGAUUGAAGGGCCACUACCAUCCUACACUGCCUCUGCUUCCGCAGAUGUAAACCGUGACUAUUCCUUUGUGAACUUCUUUAGUAGAGCUAUGCGUAUUGGAGAUGAGUCUUCAAAAGUCAAAAAUCCUUCUCUCAACAAUCCUCCUGCAGUUCCUCCAUCCUCCCAUGUUCUUGGUGUUGGUCCUUCCUCUCCAGCUUUGCUAGCUACACCACUUACAGUAUCAGCUCCAUCAACUGCUCCAGUGUCGUCCCUUCCUGCUGCUAGUGAACCAAGCAGUAGUGGUAACCGGGCUGUCAAUCUAGUCAAGCCAUCAUCUUUCUUUUCACCCGCUUCAACAUUUACCCCAUCUAUUCCAACUUCUGCUAUUCAUCUUCCUGUGAAUACACAAUGGCCACAUGGUUCUUCAACGCUUCAACCUUUCCAACCUCCUAAGCCAUCGGCAUCUCUUACCCCCGAUACCCAUUCUGUUCCAAAUUAUGGACCUGUAAGCAGGGAAAGAGUUCGGGAUGCACUUUUGAUGCUAGCGCAGGACUAUCAAUUCAUCGACAUGUUUUACAAAGCGUUGCUGAAAGUGCAUGAAUGAUGAUAGCUUUAACAGUGAUGACACCAUUGUAAAUAUAAAAUUUCACAGAAGGAUCAAUUUGUACAUAUCUGUGGCAUUGUUUACAUGAAAUGGCACAGAAAGGGCUGCGUCUUGCUUGGUGGGGUCGAUGUGUCUUGGAAUUAGCAUCGGUUGGAAAGAGAGAUGUAUAUGAAAUUUUAUUUCAUCUUUUAGGGUGGAAUCUAGUGUGCAUGGCAGUUCCAUAAUGCAAAUUCCUGUUUGCCUUUUGUAUGAAAUUGGGAUUUUGACAAUUCAAGCGUUCUCAAAUGAUGUUGAACCUAGUAGGUGAAAGAAUAACUGUGUAUUCAUUUCACCCCACCCCCCACGUAAUCGUUCCUACUUCCUUUAGAGUUUCAGUCGGUUAGUCGCAUUAUACAACUUUAUUCUGAGAUACUUGUUUGCUUGGUCGAACAAGCGACAAACUUGCCAAGGUGCUGGGAUAAAUGCUUCUUAUCAUUAAAGCAAAGGUACUCGACUUACAAUUGUAGCAA